AUGGCAGCUCCAGCGCAGGAUGCCCUGGAGUACGAGACAAGAGUAUUCCAUGAAAGUUUUGGCAAAGAUAUAAGUAUAUAUCAGCAGCCACCAUCCCCCGAGGUUGAUAAAGCUUGGGACGAAUUGUACAACUUUGGUGUGACCAAGAUACCCAAGAGCAUUGCAUCGAAUCUUGUCAACAAAACAUAUCGUAUCCCAGGCGACGAGGAGCACUAUGUUAUUGAACUCGACGUUUUUCAUGAACUUCACUGCUUGAACAUGCUUCGCAAGGCACUCUAUCCCGAAUACUAUCCCCCUAUCAAAGUGUUUGCGAGCCCGACGGAGAACCAUCUCUUUGGAGUGAUGCACAGGGGUCAUUGUAUUGAGAGUAUCAGGCAAUCGCUGAUGUGUUCAGUUGACAUCAGCCCCAUCGUGUGGCAGUGGGUCGAUCGUGUCCAGGAGGUUCGGGUGGUGGGGAAUAUUAUUCACACUUGCCGCAGCUUUGAUAAUGUUCGGGAUUGGGCGUUGAAACGCCGAUUGACGCAUGAGCUGAAUUUCGAGGGAUUCCAUUGA